UGUAUCUCAGCUCAUGCGAUUUUGAAGCCUGUUUUCAUUCUUACUUUCCUCCUAAUCUUCUGGUCCAAGACUCGACCCACAGGAAUCACGAACGCUGAGGCUUCAGGACCGGUCUACCUCUUGGUAGAAGAAAGGUGACGUCUUUGUAGACGACACCGCCCUCCCACCUCAUCCGCGCCCCAAUAUCAUCAAGCAACUGCCACUAUGGGAAAAAGGGUAGCCAUUGUAGGCAGUGGUUGCUCGGGUAUAGGUGCUCUAUGGGCAUUGAAAUCCAGUACUGACCAUCAAGUCCACCUAUUCGAGGCAUCGUCUCGUCUCGGCGGCCACACCAACACCGUCACGUACGAGUCUCCUAAUGGCCAAAAGGUCCAGGUGGACACCGGAUUUAUAGUCAUGAACACGGCUACCUAUCCCAAUUUUAUUCGCUUCCUCGACCAUGUGGGCGUUGCAACCAAGAAAACCGACAUGACCUUUGGUGUUUCCCGAGAUCAGGGCACCUUUGAGUGGGCUGGCACUUCUUUGUCCUCCAUCUUCGCACAGCGUCGAAAUUUAUUCAGGCCAACUUUCUGGAGACUGAUAUUUGAUAUCAUUCGUUUCAAUGAGUUUGCCCUCGAUCUGUUGCUCAACGAGCCCGAAAGUGACAAUGACCCCGCGCUGAGCACUAAAGUCACCGAUGUUCCUCAGCCCACGCAAACUAAAUCGCCGGCUCAAGAGACCAUUGGGGACUACCUCGAUCGUGAAGCCUACUCCCAAGAAUUUCGUGGCGAUUACCUGAUCCCCAUGACUGCCGCAGUCUGGAGUACCAGUCCAGACAAGUGCUCCCUCGAGUUCCCCGCCAUCACCCUGGUUCGCUUCAUGUAUAACCAUCACUUGCUCAGCACUAUUGCCGCCCGCCCAGACUGGUUGACCAUUCCUGGAGGAUCCAAACAAUACAUCAAUGCAGUCCUGCAAGGAUUUCCAAAGAGUCAAAUCCAUAUCAAAUCCAAAGUCACUGCCGUGUCCCCGACCAAGCAUGGCACCGUCGUUUUGACAGCCAAUGGCAAAGACCAUGAAUUCGAUCAUGUCAUUCUGGCCACGCACGGAGAUCAGGCUUUGGAGCUUCUCAAGCCGGCCGCCACCAACGACGAGAUCGAUAUUUUGAGCGGCUUUCAAACAAGUCGAAAUAUUGCAGUCCUGCACUCUGACCUCGCAUUAAUGCCACGACGUCGAAUAGCCUGGUCGGCGUGGAAUUAUAUCACCGAGUCUCCCUUUCCCCCACAACAAAGUCGGAACAUUUCCAAAGUCUGCCUGACCUACUGGAUGAAUCUACUACAACACAUCCCUGAGAAGGAAUACGGUCCGGUACUGGUGACCUUGAACCCCCUGAACAUGCCGGAUCCACGUCUUGCACAGGGAAUCUGGGAAUACUCCCAUCCACUGUACAAUGCCGAUGCCAUCCAAUCACAACAGCGUCUGCCCCAAAUUCAAAACACCCGUGGUAUCAGUUAUUGUGGGGCCUGGACCAAGUACGGGUUUCAUGAAGAUGGCUUCAGCAGCGGCCUGUCGGCGGCUGUCCAUCAUCUCGGAGCUCGGCUUCCGUUUGAAUUUGUUGACUCGACCUUUUCACGAGGAAGGAGACCGACACUGACCAUUGGUAACUAUGCCUUGAGACUGGUCUUGCUGAGUCUGCAAAUUCUCAUGCUUGUGGCUGAGAAGACGUGGAUGAGACUGACCGUCUUCCUUGACAAUCUUCUAGCUGAGCGGCGAAAGCUUUCGUAGAGCCGGUGGCUUCAACCAGCUGUAAUCUCCAUAGCGGCAACCUGCCUCAUCAUCGUAGUUGAUCCCUCUUCGUCUUCCAUGCCUACCUCAAUC